AUGCAUCGCUCGCCAGGCGCAGACAAACAGAUAUUCGGGACCUUCCAGGUCAAUGUCUUCGGCGACACAGUGGAUGAUCCGUGGGCGAGAGGCUACCUGACUCGUCGUCAAAACAAAAGGAUCGAAAGAAUAUUUCCUCUGCAUGACUUCCGCGACGAGGUGUUUGGAAAUCCCCAAGGGGAUGGCUGGUCAUGGUCACGAUCAGCCGAAUUGUUGAAAAGGCACGGUUUCACCGCCGUGAAAUUCGACACUUCCAAGUUCGUACCCGCCGAUGCGAAUCAAGCCACGUCCUGUGAUUUUGAUGAUGUGGAAGUCUUAGAGGAUAUCUAUUUCCCCCAGGUGAAACAGGCUCUAGUCAAACUGACAGGCGCCAAAGAGAUUUUUAUUACGAAUAGCAUUGUGCGCCGAGGUGAAACGGGGGCCUCUAUCGACGGCUGUACGAAGACCACGGGCGACAGAUCAAACUUUCAGCACGUUCAGGACACCGCUGUCACCAAUGGCGAGAAUAAGACAGAAGAGGCCAAUUACAAAGCUCUGCACGACAACAAACCCACACAUCUGAAAUCCUCAGACAACGCAAGACCCUCCCGAGUGCCUCAUAUGGACUAUACACCUCUCGGAGCCCGCUGUGCAAUCCGUUCUUGGCGGCCAGACAUCUAUCAUGCUGCUGUUAAGUCCGGUGUCAUCCCGACCGAAGACGCCAUCUGCGCCAGUGCUCAGGUCGACCCUCAAACACAUGAUAGUGACGCCGUCAUCAACAGCGAGUACAAUUAUGGUGGCAAGCUGGGUCCGCGCUACGCAGCUUACAGCGUUUGGCGACCUUUACACACCGUGACCCGGGAUCCCUUGGCCAUGGCUCCACGUUGUACUUUUAACGGCAACCAAGAGCUCACCUUUGCCCCGCGCUACCUCAAAGUCCUUGCCGCACCCAGCAUGAAAGGCGACUUUCUCCGAGAGCUGGAGGCUCUCUUCAUAACCGAAGAGAACGCCAUGAAAGCGGCCAAUGAAAAUGCCAACACUGAUCGUGCCACACCCGGUGCUAAUGGAGAGGUGGAGCAGUUGCCGUCCUCGUCGCUAGCAUCGUCCGAUCCGCAAUGGUACUAUCUUGCGGAGCAGAAGCCUAACGAGGUGAUCGUUCUCAAGUUUUUCGACAGCGCAGCUUUAGUUGAUGACGGUCAGCACAGCGAGGAAGCGUCAAGUGUGCCACACGCAAGUCCAGACAUCGGGAAGGCAUCUUAUGGCUCCGCCAGAGAGAGCAUUGAGGUCAGAUGCAUUGCUUUCUGGUGA